UGCAGGCUUUCCCUGUCGGGCCUAUCCAGCAAGAAUAAUAAUUGCGCCCAAGCGAAACCCGGGCGCCGUUGUUUUCUUUGCCCCAGCAUAUGGACCGGUCAGCCGUCAUUGCUGCCUAUCGGCAUUUGUAUCGAAAGGGGCUCCAAGCGAUCAGGUAUGCGACACCUGGCCGCCAUGUUCUUCGACGCUCUCUGCGUUCUGCCUUCGAGCAUGGGGACGUGAAUGAUUUCAACAGCAAAAAGAUCGCAAAUACCAUCCGCUUUCUAGAAAGGGCAGCAGAAUCUACGGGACUGGAACACAGGAUUGUCAAGAACCUGUUGCAUGUCAGGUUUUGGGAGCAGCCACAUAUGAAACGGCCUUUGAAAAACCUCGACAAUCGCGACGCAAGGCAGAUGUACCUUAAAAUGUCUGCAAGGACUCCCUUCAAUUCUACCUUGAUGUUAUUGAAUGAGAGUCUCGGCACAUGCCUAAGAUGACGUCGCUUUUCAACGAUGAUAUCUUUCAAGGGCGAAUCACAUCUGUUGAUUUGCAACUCUAUGCUCUGCGCAGCAUGUUCCUGAGCACAUUUGGAUGAAUAUUGAAUACUUCACCGGGCUUUAAUAUAACACAGUAGCAGACGGGUACUGGUUUCAAGAAUAAUUCGUCGCAUUUACACACCGUAAAUCUACGCUUGUAACAAUAUAAUAUAGACAAAUGAUAUGGGAUUCAAAUUUAGCAAUCAAGCAUCCACCACAAAAGCAAC